ACCUUGUGUGCUUCAGAAAUGGAGUUAGUUUUAGGGCAUGAACACAGGCCAUAUCUGGAGUAGAUCCAGAAAUGGGUUUAAAUGCAGCUUCAAAACCUUGUUGGAUAUGCCAUGAGAUACAAUGUUUAAGCACUCGGUUUGGAUUAUGGAUCGAAUUGUGAAGUUAAUAUACACAUUACAUAGAUGACAGGAUCCAUGUCAAAGUCCAGAUUGUACUCAGUUUUUAUAUAUAACAGUGGUCUUUCUUAUUGUUUGUAUUAUAUGAUCUUCGUCGGGAUCUCUUUAUUUGUUUUUUAUGAGCAUAUUUUAGGGAAAAUUAUGGAUACCCAUGUGGAUAAAUAGUUGGAACAUCUUUUAAUUCAGUUGAUACCUCAGAGCUGAGUGGAACCUGGACCAGAAUGUUUUGUCAUUAUAGAAUUUUUAUCCACCCAUCUUGAAUUAUUUUUUCGUUAUUUCCCUGAAAGUUGAAUUCCUCAUCUUCUCAAGAAAAUGGUACUCUGUUAUUUUUUCGCUUCAUUGCUGCCUGGGAUUUCAACUGGCUUCUUUGCUGUCUGCUGCUGUAUUUUUUCUGCCCUGUUUUACAGCGACAGUGUUGAAAUACAGAAAUAGUCUAGUUAGACAUCAGUCACAUUUACAUGGUUAAGAAAAGAAAUUUGGAGCCUUUACUUGUUUAUUUCUCUGCACAAUCUUGACACCCUACACCCUUUUCUUUGAAAUCCAUAUAACUGUCUGAUACUCUCAGGAUUUCUUAAUUUCCUCUCAGUUGGGUGGUUUCCACCUUCUGUUUUUCUUCAGGUUGGAAUGUUUAAAAAUUAAAAUCAUUUCCCCAAACGUCCAAGGAAUCGUUGUAGAGAAGCUUCAAAGCUUUUUUGUUUUGUUUUUUUAUGAUGGGCAUCUUAUCAAAUAAUCGUUUCAUCGUUGAGAUUUUAACUACAAUCAUCAGGGCGAUAUUCUUCUUCUGGGGCUCCUGCUCAGCAUCUGAUGUUCCUGCGUCAUUCAUUUUUGGGGAUUCCUUGGUCGAUGCUGGAAACAACAACUACAUCUUUUCUCUGUCAAGAGCGAAUUACUAUCCCAAUGGGAUAGAUUUUGGGCAGCCUACAGGUCGUUACACCAAUGGAAGGACGAUGGCUGAUAUUAUAGGGCAGGAACUAGGUAUGAAGACUUUUGCUCCUCCUUACUUGGCUCCAACCACAGCCGGUCCCGUGGUUCUGAAGGGAGUCAAUUAUGCGUCUGGUGGAGGUGGAAUUCUUGGCAACACCGGACAGAUCUUCGUUGGGCGAAUCGACAUGGACGCCCAGCUCGACAAUUUCGAGAACACAAGGCAAGAGAUAAUCUCAGACAUCGGCGUUGCUGCGGCUAUGAAACUGUUGAGCGAGUCUCUGUUCUCGGUUGCGAUGGGAUCAAAUGAUUUCAUCAACAAUUAUCUUCUCCCCGUAUUAUCAAUUCCCGAACGCGCGCUGGUAUCUCCUCAAAACUUUGUGGACUCCAUGAUCUCAAAAUACAGGCUUCAGCUAACAAGAAUGUAUCGUUUGGGUGCCAGAAAGAUUGUGGUGAUCAACGUGGGUCCGAUUGGGUGCAUCCCUAAUCAGAGGGAGUUUCAUCUAUCGGCCGGAGACGACUGCUCCGCCUUCCCGAAUCAGCUAGCUAAGCUAUUCAACGACAGGCUGAGGCACCUGGUCAAGGAGAUAAGCUCAAAUCUCAACGGCUCCAUAUUUGUAUACGCAGAUGUUUAUCGGAUUGUAGGAGAUAUAGUUGAAAACUACACAUCGUAUGGUUUCGAGAACGCUGAUUCGGCGUGCUGUAAUUUCGCCGGUCGGUUUGGGGGUUUAGUGCCGUGUGGACCCUUAUCUCGAGUCUGUCCAGAUCGAUCCAAGUAUAUAUUCUGGGACUUGUUCCACCCGUCGGAUGCUGCCAACGUUCUCAUAGCGCAGCGGCUGAUGGACGGUGAUUGCAGCGACAUCUUCCCCAUUAAUAUUCGACAACUCGCCCGAGCUAGAUUGCCUUGAUUUUAUGCCUUUCUCACGGGUUGUCUGAAUUCUUAUUUUAUUUCUUAACGAGGAAAACGUUUUUCUUUCUUUUC